GCGAGGUUAGCCUUGAUUAAUCCAUACGUCGUUAAAUUAAAAUUAUUACUCUGUCCGAUAUUGUAGCCUAUUCGACAUUAAAAAGCAAGUUUGACAAGUUUGCUAUUAUGUCACUCCAGACAGUUUUAGGACCGACUGAGAUGGUUUAAAAAGCAAUGUUUGAUUGAAAUCGUUUUGUGUGCUCGUGAUUGUUCGAUUUACCUUCUUCGGCACGAUAAUAUUUGGAAGUUAUAAUUCCCUUGAUGAAGGUAGAAGGCAGUUUGUGCGAUGCGGGCGGCGAAGCAGGUGCGGGUGAGCGAGGCAGCGGCAGUGCCGAUUGCUGCAUCUCGCGGCUGCUCAGCGUUGUUGAGAGUGAGUUGCAGGCCGGUCGAGAAAAAGGAGAUCCCACGGAGAGGCAGCUGAAAGUAAGCCUAGAAGAGGCUGAGCUCUGGAGGAAAUUUAAGGAGGUCACUAAUGAAAUGAUCGUCACCAAGAACGGCAGGAGAAUGUUCCCAGUGUUGAAGGUCAAUGUCUCGGGCCUGGACCCAAAUGCCAUGUACUCUUUCCUGCUGGAUUUCGCCCCUGCUGAUGGCCACCGCUGGAAGUAUGUCAAUGGGGAGUGGGUACCUGCUGGCAAGCCUGAGCCCCAUAGCCACAGCUGUGUCUACAUUCACCCAGACUCCCCAAACUUUGGGGCUCACUGGAUGAAAGCUCCUGUGUCAUUCAGCAAAGUCAAGCUCACCAACAAGAUGAAUGGAGGAGGACAGAUCAUGUUGAACUCCCUGCACAAAUAUGAGCCCCAAAUCCACAUUGUGCGCGUCGGGGGAAGCCACAGGAUGGUAACCAACAUCUCUUUCACAGACACACAAUUCAUCGCGGUCACGGCCUAUCAGAACGAAGAGAUCACUGCUCUGAAGAUAAAGUAUAAUCCAUUUGCAAAGGCAUUUUUGGAUGCGAAAGAAAGGAACCAUCCCAAGAAUCUUCUAGAAGCCCAGUCUGAGAGCCAGCACAUUGGUAUAUCUCACUUAGGUGGUUGGCUGAUUUCAAAUUCGGACACCCUCUGUUCCUCUGGCAGUGGGAACUACCCAUACAGUGGGGGCCUGCCCCUCACCCCUCCUCAUGGAUACGAUCGCUAUCCUCCCCUGCGCGGGCACCGGCCCGCCCCUUACCCCCCCUCAUACAUCCACCACCGCAACCACAGCUCAGGGUCCAGCAGUCCAGGUGGGUUACAGGUGUUCACUGGGCCCGAGAGCUGGACCCCCUUGUCCCCCUCAGCGCACCCCAGCAUGCUGCCUGUCUCUGCCCCCUCCCCCUCUCCAGCAGCUAACAGUCAGUACCCUUGCUUGUGGGCCAUGAGCAACUGCAACGUCAACUCCUCUGGGCCAGCAGGAAGCACUGUGAGCUGCAUCCAGGGCCAGGUGGUGCGCAGCAGUGGGACCUCUGCCUCCUCCUCUCCUUGCGCCCUGCUGCAGGGAGGGGCCUCUGCUCCCAUGGAAACUGGGGCGGAGCAUACUCACAUCAGGCUCGGAGGGGCAAGCUGGGCUGCAAUCUCCACCCACUCUUUCUGAGAAGCUUCGCCCACAUUCCCUACCCUUGAUGGGACUCUCAAGAUUGAAGACACCGACUUUCCAUACCCGUCCUGUAUCUAUGGGUUUGCUAAAUUGCUAAAUGUAAUAAUAAUAAUAAUAAUAAUAAUAAUAAUAAUAAUAAUAAUAAUAAAUAAUAAUACUAUCUGAGCAAACAGUACCUGUGCUGUCCAGACAAGAUAAACUACAAGCUGUAAAGAAUUUUGCAAUCUCCUUUCUGUAGUAGAGGUCUUACAACCCUGGCACUGGAGAGCCCCAGGGUGUGCUGGUUUCAUUGUUACUCAUCAAAUUAAAUGAUUCAACUGGCUGAUCACUUAAGUACCUCACCAUACCUGAGGUGACAUAGCUCAGGAGGUAAGAGCAGUUGUGUAGCAGUCGGAGGGUUGCCGGUUCGAUCCCCCGCCCUGAGGAAGACACCUAACUCCUAAUUGCUCCCAAUGAG